UGGAUAAGUGAUUCAAAGAAACAAUUCAAAUGUGUUAAACUAUUUUUUAUCUUCCUAGUCUCUCGUUUUUUUAAAAUAAAAUUAUUAAACAUUAAGAAUGAUAACUAAAUUCACAAUUUUAGCGCUGAAUUUAGUAACCAUUUUAAGUUAUAAAACUUACGGUUAUGUCGUUUAUUGUCCCUGUAUGGGUAGAUUUGGCAACCAAGCUGAUAACUUUUUAGGAGCAUUAGCAUUUAGUAAAGCUAUCAACAGAACACUUGUAUUACCACCCUGGGUUGAAUAUAGAUAUGGAGAGGUGAAAUCUAUACAAGUUCCGUUUGACACCUAUUUUAAUAUUGAUCCUUUAAAAAAAUACAAUUAUGUUAUAACCAUGAACGCUUUUAUGGAAAACAUUGCGCCAGUUAUAUGGCCACCACAAAAUAGAAUCUCAUUUUGCUAUACAGAGAGAAUUGGUGAAAUAGAUAAAAGUUGCAAUGCAAAGUCUGGUAAUCCUUUUGGACCAUUUUGGAAUACUUUUGAUAUUGAUUUUGUUAAAUCUGAAUUUUAUGGACCCUUAAACUAUGAUGCUCAUAAUAGUAAAAUGAUGGAAUCUUGGACACAUAAAUAUCCAAUUGAUCAAUGGCCUGUAUUAGCAUUUACUGGUGCACCAGCAAGCUUUCCAGUUCAACAUGAAAAUGUACAUCUACAAAAGUAUUUAACAUGGAGCAGUGAAAUUCUAAGCAAAUCAAGGUUAUUUAUUAAGAAGAAUAUGAAUAAUGGUGGGUUUCUGGGAAUACAUUUAAGGAAUGGCCAAGAUUGGGUAAAAGCUUGUCAACACAUACCAGAUAGUCCAAAACUGUUUUCAGCACCACAAUGUGUUGGAUAUAAAAAUGAAAAGGGAAAAUUAACUUCAUCAAUGUGCCUGCCACAUAAAAGUGACAUAAUCAAACAAGUCAAAAGAGCUCUUAAAAAAUUCAAAGAUAUUAAGUAUGUUUUUGUUGCAUCUGACUCCAACCAUAUGAUUGAAGACUUACAAAGCUCCCUUAAGAAUUCGGAAAUAACUGUACUAAGACUUCAACCUAGUAAUCCACAUCUGGAUUUAGCUGUUUUAGGCCAAGCAAAUUAUUUUAUUGGUAACUGUGUAUCAUCAUUCACAGCAUUUGUUAAACGAGAAAGAGAUACUAAAGGAUUACCCUCUGAAUUUUGGUCCUUUCCUGAUAGAAAAAAAUCUAAACAUGAAGAACUUUAAUAAGUGUAUACUUGAGUAAGGGAAACGUUCAGAAUGAAACUGAAAUGUUGCCACAGAAUAUCGCUAAACAAAACACUAAAUGAUGAAGAAAGGAUGAAGGUAACAGCAGUGUCAAUCUUUAAAAAGAAUUAAAGAUAAUUAAUAAGAAGGCAAGAAUGAUUCUACUUGAGCCAUAUAUAUAUAUAUAUAUAU